AUGUCGGGGGCGCGGAAGAAACGUUAUGGGACGAGCGGAACGUCUUGGGCGUCGUCGCUGCAAAAAGUUCGUCGUAGAAAACGACUCUUGCUCGUCGUGCAAUUCGCGAUUAGUCGAGCAACAUCGAUUUGUCUCUCGAUUCGUCGAACGUCGAGGCGUUACAGCAGUUUAACGGGUUCUAUAUCUCUGAUUUCAGGUAGCAGCGAGGAGUCGAGGGCCGGUGGCGGUGAUCCCGGGAAGCUGGGAGUGAAGAAAUCGAGACUGAAGGCCUGCUCGCCGAACAGGCAGGGACCACAGCAGUGUCAGGUCUGCGGGAAGGUGUUCAACAACGCAUCGGCGCUUACGAAGCACAAGCUGACGCACAGCGACGAGAGGAAGUACGUGUGCACGAUGUGCGGCAAGGCGUUCAAACGGCAGGACCACUUGAACGGACACAUGCUGACGCAUCGAAAUAAAAAGCCGUACGAGUGCAAGGCCGAGGGGUGCGGCAAGUCUUACUGCGACGCGAGGAGCCUGAGGAGGCACACAGAGAAUCAUCAUGCCGGUAGCAAAAUCAACGAGAGCAUCAGUCCCAGCAGUCCCACGACCGGGCCUCACACGCCUAACACUCCUGGAAGCAAUCCCAGCACACCAAGCACGCCCGGUGCAACUUCCACGACGAAUGGUCACGGGCACGCGGCCUUGAAGCAACUUCUCGCCACUGAACCCGCGCAAACGCAACAGCAAAAGAAUGCCACAUCUCCCGGCGCCAGCAACGAUGGCCUCACAAAACAGCAACUGGAGCUCAUCCAGCAGCUCAUGCAGCAACAACAGCAACAACAAACAACCACACAGCAGCAGCAGCAGCAACAGCAGCAACAGCAACGGACUACUUCGCCAGCGGUGAUACAAAAGGCACCAAAACCGUCCAUCAAAUCCACUGCGUCACCCGGCAAUAUUUCCAACAACUCCGCGAGUGGAAACACGACCAGUAAUGCGAGAUCGAGUCCAAAACCGAAGAUGUGGAGUCACUCGCAGAGCCCUUCUUCCGCAUUAGGCAGCGGAAGUAUUACCAGGCGCACCCAAGAUCCCGUGUACACGGCUCGUUGGAAUUCGCCGCGGUAAUCUUUUGUGCGGCGAAUACAUCACAAAUCGCAUUACGUAUCGCAGCCAGAGUGGAUACCACUCUGGUACUCUGGUAAUCCAGCCGACGAGGACUCGUCGAAUAUUAUACGGAAACGCGAAACAGCGGUAUAUCGCGCGCGUGACCCUUUGUGCGGGAUCUCGUUCAUUUUCUAGUUGAGAAGCACAGUCGGAUGAAACGAUAGACAGACGCGAUAUCCUUCUGAAAGCCGCCCCAUACAUCCGUGAUUUAUUACAAAUUAAAAAGGUUUAAAAUAAUUCUAGCAUGAAAAAAAAAA